CUGAAAUUUUUGUUCAGAUGAGUCAACAAGGACGAGGAAGAGGAAGAGACACGGAGAAGACUAAUAAAUUAACAUCUAAAGCAUUGCAAUUGCUGAGUACGGAUAUUGCAAAAUAUCGCACAUCCCACUCUCAGCAAUUGCAACGAAGAGACGUAAAAAACAUACAAGGACAUACGACACGAAACAUGACUGUUACAACAACUACACAAAGACAGACAGCACCAUUACAAUAUUCACAAUCUCCAGUAUCAUCAUCCCUGCAUGCUUCAUCAUCAUCAUUCUCACGUGCACAAUCAUAUGAACACAUGCCCUCUCCAUCAGUACAACAUAGAAACAUUUCAUCACGCUCUUCUUCAUCAGUCGCUCAAUCAUUUGUACGAAACAUUCCUCUAACAUCAAAAUCAUCACCACAACACAAACAAACAUCAUCACUCUCUUCUUCGGCCGCUCAAUCAUUAGCACGAAACAUUCUUCCACUAUCAAAAUCCUCAUCACAGCUGAAACAAACAUCAUCACGCUCUCUUUCACCAGCCAUAAAAUCAUUCACACAAAACAUUCAUCCACCAUCAAAACCAUUAUCACAAUAUAAACAAACAUUAUUACGACCAUCUCCAUCACCAUCUUCAUCAACUGUACAACGCAAUUUACGCCUAUUACCAGUCAGAGAAAAUAGCCAAGAACAUAAAGAAGAAGGGACACCAGAUGAAAGAAUAUCCCACGAUAUAGUGCGGUCUUUAAAAAUGAUCAUGACGCAACUACGUCGUAUGGAAGAGCGACAAAUUUCCAUCGAAAAGAAAACUGAUGAAAAUACAACGGCCAUUAAACGGUUAAUGCGAGAGUCUGCAGUAAAGAGACCAAUAAAACCACAGGGAAUUUCCUUUAGAACCGUCGACGAUUUCUUGGCCUUCGAAGAAGUUGACGAAGAAAUUUACAAUGACUUGGUGGGGUACUUUAUUUAUCUUGGACGGACCAAUCCAGUUGAUUGCGCUGCAGAAUAUUUUCGCAGCAUAUUUCCCGAAGAUGAGGAGAUUUCGUCAUGUUUAACUUUAAACGGAAGAACUGGACCAGGGGGAUGCAAAUUGCGAGACAGUCGUUUCGCUCAAGCAUGUCAAGGUUCGUAAAAAAUGCACCGUCUAUCAUUGUUUAUAUUGUACAUUAAAUACAUGACGAUAACUAAAGUAUUUUUUAUGAAUUUUUU